AUGAUACUUGUUCUUGGGAAGUCAGAUGAAGACAGCACGGGCAGCUCGGGCACAGCACCGCUUACGGCUAGACUCUGGAGUGCGUUCGUCAUACAUGCUACGCCGCUGGAUGUUCUGGAAGAACAAGUCGUCCGGUUCGAAGAGAGCGAGGACACGGGGCUCGUCUGGUCACUUGCCACGCUCUGGCAGGCCACAUCUGCCCUGGACGCAGAGUCAGAGGGCAUUGUGCAACAAGCUUUGAACCAACUCAUGGAGCAGCGCAGCGGGAGAACUUUCAUCGUGGUGGCUCACCGACUGUCCACUGUGAAAGAUGCCGAUCGUAUUGUUGUGCUGAGCUCCGGUGAGUGUGUGGAGAUGGGCAGUCAUGAAGAGCUCCUUGCAAAGGGCCAGGUGUACAAGGAUCUGGUACAACGCCAGCUGGAGAGGACCUGA